CGCCCGCGACCCAAGCCCCUCCUUCUUCUUCUUCUUCUUCUCCUCCAGCGACCACCACCCCGUACAGCGAGACCAUGACCGCCCCGCUCCCGGCGGGAUCGACUUCGUGCAACGAGACGGGUAUCGCCUCUGCCACUGGGCCUGGGCCUGCGCAACCACCAACAACCACGUGCCACGAGACCCCUUCCUCGUCCUCAAGCGUGGUACCGAUAGAGAGCGCGACUUCAGCUUCAGUCUCAGCCUCGGCCUCAAGCUCAACGUCAACGUCCUGCAGCGAAACAUGGCUCACCUUCACCAUCCCGGCGACUACCACCGUCGCGGUGACGCUGAGUGCCCCGGCCUCGGGCUCGGGCUCGUCCUCCUUCUCGUUGUCGACCUCGACAUGCACCGAGACUACCCUGCGGACUGUCACUGUCCUGUCUUCGGCGACGGGAGGCAGUAGUGGUGGUAGUGGUAGUGGAGGACCCGCCCCGUUGAGUCCCAGCAGCAGCAGCGGCUUCUUCACAACCGGGACAGUCACCCCCUUCUUCCCACCAUCUCCAUCUCCGUCGUCAGUCUCGGUCUCAGUCUCAUCAGAGACGCUGUCGCCUCUUGCGCCGCCUCAGCAGCCGCCGACGUCGCUGGCACCACCACCACCCCCCAACAACCCCUUGGACCCGGGCGAGGGGACGCUGGACCACCGUCACACCAUCACCAUCUCGGGCCCUCCUCCUCCUGCUCGCGGUCAUCAUCAGGAGCCGACGGGUACUACAGCUGCUGCCGCUGCUACUGAGAUCUUUGUCGUUGGAUGAGGGGUCUUUUCCAGUUUGGGUCUGAAAGGUGUGGUGUCUCUCUUCUGUCAGCUUGUGGGUAUUUCCAUAUUUCCUUUCUCAUAUUGCCCGGGCGCGCGUCUUGGAGAGGGAUUUCUAUGAGGGGUAGUAUGGCAAGAGAAUGCAAUGUACGCUCGUUGUGUGUGUGUUCACCGUCGCUUUGCCUCGGACAUGUCGGAGAAUGUGAAGUCCGUCGUGAUGUUGUAUUGUUGUUGAUCGCACUCGGCAUUUAACUAUUAGGAGUUCAGGGGUUCUUCGGACUGUCACUUGC